CUGGGGUCCUUGGCUUCCCAAUGUGAGCCAGAUCCUGACUCUACCCACAGUGGGGCCGCCUAUGCUCGUGGGGUUUGAGGCCGCGUUUGGCCUUCUUUCUCUGCCCCCAUCUUCCUCAUACAGAAAGAUGGAGGGCGUGCCCCUCCCCCUUAUUUGUUUCCUCUGCACAUGCUCAGUGCGCUCGCUGGCCCCACAGCGUUCCCUGCUGGCUCGCGUCCAUGGCAACCUGCUUAGUAGCCGGAAAUCAGUUGGCUUGAAGCCCUUGGCACCAACGGUCAGAAGGGGCCCUGAGGCGGAGGUGGUGGUCAGGAGUUUGAGGCUGUGGGUGAUUCUUCGCCCUCCAUGGACUCCCCGGGGCCAGGAGCACCUGUGCCCAAGUACUGCAGUGUGGCCACCACUCUGCAGGCUCCCGGCUGGGACUGUGUUGCGCACCCCUGGGACCUCACCUUCACCUGCCCGUGUGCCCUCCCGGCACCCUGGCUCAGCAGGCACAGCCUCCUCACAAGAUGUGCAUCCUGUCACCCAUGUGUGCACAUUGCUGACCCAGCAUGGCAGCAGCCAGGCCGCCUGGCUAAAGCUGGAGAUACGGCUGAUCGGGUCCUGGCCAGGAGGGAACCAGAUGGCUUCUAUUACUGGGCUCAGAUAAAGGAUGCUCCAGAGCUGCAGCAGGGCACUCUGCUUGUGGAAUUUGAGGUUCCCCUUGUCACAGGCCCGAAGCUGCCAGCCCCGUGGCUGAGUGUGGUCUCAGAAGAAGACGUGAUUCUGCUCCCACCGUCUGUGGAAUGCACUCUGAGGACUGGAGACAAGGUGCUGGCACCGUGGGGGCCCAAGCAGCAGCGAUAUGGCCCCGGCACCGUUCUGCUGGGCUUGGAUACGACAGACACCCAGAGUGCAUCAAAGGAAGAAGUUGCUGUUCUCUUCUGGAAUGGCAUGACAGCUAAAGUGCCUGGAGGUGGGCUCAGACCAGUGUCCCCAGCUGUCUGGAAGAAGGCUGUGGAGCGGCUGCACCCCCGGCCCCUGCUCUGGACCCCCUGCUGCCCUCUGCUGGGGCCAGCCACCGGAUGCAGCGCCAGCGGGCUUCCUCUGGGCACACAGGCCCAUUGUCCUGCCAUCCCCCCUCACACCUGCUGCCAGCUGCUGUGCCAGGGUGGCCUCUGCUGCUCACCUCUGGGUGGCCCCACCUGGUGGCCUCUAACCGGACGCUCAGAGGCCACAGCCAGAGAACUUGCUGAGUCCGAGCUCAUGUCUGCCGCCCAGCUGUUGCCCCUGGGCAGUCCUAAAGAGAAGACAGCAGCAGUGCGGGUUUCAGUCGCAGCUUCUUCCUCCUCGUCCUCCUCUUCCUCCUCCUCCUCUACUGAAGAAGAGGAUUUGCAUGUGGAUCUGGAGAUGUCACUUCCCCAGACCAUGAUGGUUAACAGUGCAGUCAACACGGAGCCUGUCUUCCUCGAGAAGCCUAGGAAGCAGGCCGCCCUCUGCCAGCCCGAGUGGAGGUACUGGAGGAGACGUGGCCCUGAGCCACGGCCUGGGAAGCCAGGAGCAAGAUCUUGUAACAUCCAGCAGAGAGAGGACAAUAAACAGGAUAGAGUGCAAACUGUAGUGAUGGGGACUGCCAAGGAGCUGACCCGGAGACCCCUCCACGUGAAGCCACCACAGACCCUGCCAGAGGAAGCUGCACCCAGAAGGCCGAGUGUAUGAACACAUCACAGGGACAAGAACUCGCCCUAGCCAGCAAGCUCUG